CUCACAGCAGCCUUUCAUCACAUCAAACAUAAGACGAAAGUCUUUCGAAAAGGUACUCCGUAGUCGGAUAAGACACCACAACCUUCCCUCUCAAUGUCAAUUCAAUAAUAGAAUCUUCCCCCCUCCCAUCUCCCAAGGCGAGAGCCCACCGCUCUCGGCCAACCGUUUUGGUUUUGGAAUCAUGGCAUCGUCCUCCGCGCGCAAACCACCUCUGUUGGAGGUACCGGCUUCGCCACUCGACCGGCCCAAGUCCAACAUGUCGCGGUCCAACACCCACCGCCUCCCGCCGCCGUCGUUGUUCCAAGGGCCACCGUCGAAGAAUGCUUCGCACGUGUCACUCAGCCUGCCCGGGGGAGGCGGGAGCGGCGGGGGCGGCGCCGUCGACCGGUCGGGAGGGUCUGAACAACCCCCGGAACACCACCACCGCAUCACCAGCCGGCCAUCUCGGGUCCCCGCGGCGGCGUCGUUCUCCGGCCCGCCGCUGCGCCAACCGCCCACGCAGCCCGACGGCCACCGCGCCGAGAACCUCUGGGCCGAGAUGCAAAAGACGCUCGCCGACGUCGAGGUCUCGGCCCUCAACACCAGCCACGUGUUCGGCGCGAGCCACGUCCGGGCCCUCGAGGACCUCCGCACGGCCCAGCUCUCGCUCGCCCAGACGUGGGCCAAAACCGAGGCCGACGAGCUGCACGACCUGGAGCACGAGAGGAGCGCCGACAGUGGAGCCGCCGCCACCGUCGGCAAGAUCGAAGCCAACACCACCGCCAACGCCAACGCCGCCAACGCCGCCAACAAAGGUCGGGGCAACACGGCGUUCACCAACAACAAGAACCUCGAGGAGGAGACGGAGCGGGACAUUCGGCUCGCGCGGCGCCGCAGGGAGGCCAACGAUCGGUACUUUGAACAGGUCAACCGUGGCGUGUUGGACGUCGUCAACAAGCUCGACGAGGUCGCGGGCGCCAUGAGGAGGGUCGAGCGCGAGUCGCGCGAGAUAUGGGACGAGUCUUCCGACGACGGCAUGACCGGGAGCGAGACCGGGUCGGCCACGGAUCAUACCGGUGUCACGGAUAGCCCCAUGACCGCCGGUGGGAAAAGGGGCAGGUAAGUGAAAAAAUGAAGGUGAUCUUCUUUUCACAAAUAAAUACAACACACGCCUCGAUGAGGAAACGACCGAGUGGAACGGAGAUACGUUUACCCGCUCUCGAUGCGCGAAGGUACAUAUCGUAUCACAUGAACAUACAGGUUCGCGUAUGCUGAGGGCGAAUUCCAAUCAGGGUUCUUUGACAGCGAGAGCCAUGGAAUAUGACAAUGUCACACAGAUAAAUGCCCCUUGAACAAUUCGACCGCGUGCGCAGCAUAUGCGCGAGGUAUUCAGACAAACGGCGAAUGACUGGUGGAGAGAUAGAGAGGCACUCCCUAGGUAUAUUCAGGAGUACCGGGCGAUUCCGUGCACUUGGUUUGAGAACACCUUCUGGCAAAGGUAUAUAAACAGAUCUCGGUUCUUGCCGGGCCAGAAUCAAAAUCAUGGCAACAACUAUCAUCUCGAGUCUGGCCGUGGGUCGUUCUCCACCAAAAGUAGGCGGCAGACACUUUUCAGAAGCCUAUACAUGUCGCACUCAUAAAGGGACUCAUGGCCAUGAAACGCUCUCAAAGAACCUUGGUAGCUAGAUACUGCCUAGGCUAGAGAUCGAAAUCAAAUGCUACGAGGCAGCUUUGACUACGAGGAUCCCCAAUUUCAAGUCAAUUACAGCCUAGAUAGGGGAAGUUCACAAUUUGCAUCAUGCAUUCAUAUUACUAGGCC